AUGUUUUUCAGGUUUAAUCGUGACUAUGACUCAGUCGAAGAGAUGGUCAAGCGUUUUGCGCACUUCGUUGGAAGUGAUAUGGCAAUUAUGGAUCUGCAGAAAUUCAGUGACGGCACCAUCUAUGGUUUGACUGGACUUGCCGAUAAAGCCUUGGAUGAAAGGGGAGAUGGAAAGGAGGAUUGCAGAGAUGGUCGCAUGCUUCUGGACAACAUGGAUUUGGAUUGGGCGGUGAUUGAUCCGAGAGAGCAUCCAGAUGAAUCAAUGCCGAGUAGUUUCGAUUGGCGAACGAAACGCGCUGUGACUGACGUUAAAGAUCAAGGAGAAUGUCGAAACAGUUGGGUAUUUUCAUCGAUCGCUGUUGUGGAGUCGAUGAAUGCCAUAGAGAAUGGCGUUUUGCAACCCCUUUCUGAGCAGAACGUUAUCGAUUGUGAACUUCCGUACGACAGGUGUGAGACAAGAACACCCAGAAUGGCGUUGAGGUAG